GCAUCUGAUACGGAUAUGCUUUUUGUGCUUUGCAGAUUUUAUGUAGGCAAUAUCCCCAUUAGAGAGUUCAAAAGAACAGCUGCAAUGGGUGGAGAAUUCCCCUCUAAGCCAAUGUCUUUGUAUGCUACAAUAUGGGAUGGAUCCGAUUGGGCUACUAAUGGUGGCAAAUAUAGAGUCAAUUACAAAUACGCUCCUUACAUAGCCAAAUUCACCGGUUUGAUCCUUCACGGCUGCAUGAUUGAUCCGAUCAAGUUUUCGUCAAAGAGGUGCUACACCGUUCAAAGUCCAGAACAACUCACGACCCAUAUCACCCCAUCACAAGGAAGCAAGAUGGAUAGCUUUAGGAGGAAGAACAUGACAUACUCAUAUUGCUAUGACCAAACCAGAUACAAUGUCCCUCCUCCCGAAUGCGUGAUCAAUCCCCUAGAAGGUGAACGACUCAAGAAGUUUGAUCCAGUCACAUUUGGAGGAGGUAGCCGCCACCACGGGAAACGACACCAACGCAGCCGAGUAAACCGGUCCAAGGCUUAUUCCAUUUAGUUGGGGGAUCAGUUUUGUGUAUAGAGAGAGGUGACACAGCACAUAUAAAUACACAUAUAUAUAUGUUCC